GAACCAGAUGAAAGAACGAAACGCAUUCCCGAGCUCAGCUUAACUUUAACCUUACCGCCUACCACACCUGCCCACCCAUCUACUCGUAUCAUACCUGCCUCCCUCAAAGACAAGCAGCUGCCGGAAACCAUCCACAGACCAUCAAUCACAGCGACACGAUAGCAAAACACGAUGGCAGACAGACUAUCCCAGCUUCAAGACGCUAUCGAUCAGGUACUCCCCCCCCUCAUCCGUCCAUCUCCGUGUACACGCGCAACUCUACCCCUCCUCCUUCCAGAACUAAGCUGACAAAAAAACCCAACCCCAGAUGGCAACCCAAUUCUUCAGCGCCCUUCGUUACAUCGGUACCCAUCACGACGCAGUACCCGUCGGUAGCGAAGCGAAAGUCACCGACGAUACCGGCAUUGCCCCCCCUUCUUCCCCAUUUAUCCACCGCUAACACCCAAUAGCUGUUAUCGACGACAAAUCCACAUUUGACGGUACCCCCGCGCUCUCUCCCCGACUUCCACGAAAUGCAAAAGCUAAUAACAAUAAUUCCUACAGCCGCAAAGGUCGAACUCGCCCGUGAUUUAAUAUUCAAAUCCAAGCAGAUCGAGUUCCUGAUCACCUCCCUACCGGGCAUUGGCGUUUCUGAGGACGAGCAGCAGGAGCGGUUGAAGAAUUUGGAGACCGAGUUGAAGGAGGCGGAGGAGGAGAGGUGUAGGGCCGUGCGGGAGAGGGAAAAGGCGGCGGAGGAUUUGGAUGCAGUUAUUCGAGAGUUGAGAAGGUUCUGAGCCUGUUGGAGAGGAGGACGAGAGGGGCCUUUCCUUUGUCGGAUAUUGUAGGGGGGUAUAUCGAGAGCUACAAUGCGCAUUGGAGGAAGGGAUUACCGGCGUUUUUCUCCCCUUCAACUGGGAGGAUACCCUUUCAGGUACGAUGGGCUGUUUCUACUUCUUGAGCACGAAGGGCUCCACGUUUUGCAAUAGGUUGGAAGUAUAUGGAUGCUAAUUUGCUAGCCCCGAGCUUUUUGGCACUUUUUAGCUUUGAUAACGGUAUGGAGACGGCAUUUUACUGCC